UUGCCAACAAUUGCAACUAUUUAUUUUUAUUUUUUAUUGUUGUUCUUGUGGUGCCAAGUGUGAAAAGCAAAAGAAAAAGUUGAGGAAAAAGAAAACACAGUGGAAGGAAAAGCGCUUCGCAGUUGGUCAACGAAACGAGUUCAAAAAGCCGGCGAUCGAGUCGCAGUCGAUAGUCGAGCUCCUGCUCCAGUUACCUCCAGGUUAGCUAGAGAAGAGUUUGGGGCAAGGUUAUGCCUACCAUGACGCGAAUGCAUCGCCACUCGAGCUCCAAUGCGGUGGAGGAGACGCGCGGCAGGCGUCGCAAUGCCAGCGGCGAUGCGAACAAGGAGAACUUUGGGGUGCACUUCAUGAGCAGCCCCUUUGGCAACAGCAGCCUGAUUGCGCUCCAGGAUCUGAGCAAUGUGCACGGCAAGAGUCCGCAGCGACGCAGCUUCAGCGAAGGCAGCGGACCGCGUCAGGCGACGCCACAACUUGCGGCACUGCGUUGCAUGCCCCGCCUAAGUGGCGCCACAGCCGCCACAGUCGCCGCCGCUGGUCUGGAGGAUUCGCAAUUGUCAUCGUCACGCAUGGGUGACACCACAUUGGAUCGCAUGCUGGACGCGAUCAUUGAGUCGGCACGCAAAGAGGUGCGUUGCAAGCACCAGACUGCGCUGCCCUCAGCGCUGGUUGCCACAGCCACAGCGGCCACAACACUAACUGAUGGCGGCGAGUGGAGCGAGAGCAGCAUCCAUGAGAUGGAGGUGCGCACUCCCACCCAUCUGAAGCGACAGCGUGUGGUGCGUCGCAAGAAUCAGCACAAGACAAGUGGCAACAGCAAUCAUGCCACAGGCAGCAAAACAACAGCAACGACGACGACGACGGCAACACUAGCUGCGGUCAGACAGAACGACGGAUUGCAGCAGAGCCAUCUUGAGCAUAUACCGAGCAUCAAACGUUGCCUCAGCUUCUCCAGUUCCACGUCCAGUGAUCUGGAGGACGAUGAGCACUUCGUGAAGCGUGGUCGCGGUUCCUCCGUGUCCACCUCUGCUCUCUCGGCUUCUGUGUCCGCCUCAGCCUCGUCGGCUUCCUCGGUUUCCUCAGCUGGUGACAGCACGCACAGCGGGGACUUCCUACCACGGGGCAGCAUCGACUUGAGCAUCACUUACAAUGCGCCGCAACAGCAAUUAAAUGUACAUGUUAUACGCUGUCGCGAUCUGCAACGUUCGCACAGCGGCGCCGGCAGCAUCAAUGCCUACGUCAAGGUGGCGUUGGCAACAGGCCAACAGCAGCAGCAGCAACAGCAUCAGGAGCAGGAGCACCAGCGCACAGCCGUUCAUCGGCACUCGAGUCGUCCGUACUUUGAUGAGAGCUUUGGCUUCCAUGUGGAGGAAAGCAUGCUGCAGGCAACAGCCACGGCAACAACAACAGCAACAGCAACAUCAACAGCGACAAACAAUGAACAGCAGCAGCAGAUGGAGCUUCAACUGGCCGUGUGGCAUCGGGAUCGUCAUUUAAAACGCAGCGAGUUCCUGGGUUGCCUCACAUUUCCAUUGAGCGCUUUGGCCGAGCAGCAACACAUCUACGGCGUCACGGGAUCCUACAAGUUGCACGCACAGGGAUGUCAACAUAGCUGCCGCAGUAGACUGCACGCCCCAAGCACCGCCAGCCGUCCACAACAGUUGCAGAAAGAAGAGGAGGAGGAGGAGAAGCAGAGACAAGAGCAGGAGCAGGAGCAAGAGCUGAGCGAAACAGAGGAGCAACAGCUCACUGAGGACUCCAGCAAGAUGACAACGAUGGCAGCAACAGCACUCAAGUCAAGCAACACCAACAGCAACACCAACAAUACCAACAACACCGCCACCACGAACAACAGCAACUCAAAUACAAAUACAAAUACGAACACGAACAGCAACAGCAACAACACAACGACAGCUGUGAUUGCGUCGACAACUGUGUUGAGUGAUGAGGUCAUCAGCAUUAGCAUCGACAGCAUGGCAGCAGCGACAGGUCCUUUGGGCAAGGACGAUCUGCUGCCACAGCAGCCACAGCAACCGAUGGUGCUCAGCAAGAAGGCGCUGCAUCAGCGCGACGCCGACGAGAAUCUCUUCUUGCGCUUCCUCGAGCUCGAUCCCCCGGCCGAUGGGAAUGCGAACAGCACAACAACAGCUGCCGGCAAUAGUACCGCAGGUGCCUCAGCCGGUGGUACUGGCGGUGGCGGUGGCGGUGGCACAGGAGGCGGUGGCUCCGGUGGUGGGAAUGCGAAUGCCAAUGCAAAUGCCAGCAAUGCGAAUCAUAUGAAUGGCGGAUCGACGCGACGCUGCUCAACGAUGGCCACCGGACGUCAGCCAACGGGACGCACACCGUUCACGAUGACGAAGCGUUUGACGCGAACGGAGGAGCGGGGCUUUGGCUUCUCGAUUGUGUGGACACAUCCGCCGCGGGUGGAAAAGGUCGAGGCUGGACUGUCGGCGGAUCGUUGCGGCAUCCUGCCGGGCGAUUAUGUCAUCUUUGUGGACAAGCACAAUGUGGUCACGAUGCCCGAGGCUGAUGUUCUGAAUUUGAUACGAUCGCAGGGCUCGUCCUUGACGUUGGAGAUAUUCAGAAGGUCAGGCGCGGGCGCCAACAUGACGAACAUGACCAACAACAUCACCACGGUCACUGUGAAUGCAAGCAGCAAUAGUCACAACACUCACCACAACUCCUCUCACACGCUCACCCACGUCCAGACCCAUUCCCAUUCCCAUCAUCAUCAGCAGCAGCAACGUCCGCAGCUCUGCGCUGACGAACAUGCAACAGCAGCGGCAGCGACGACGACGACAACAACCACAGCAAUACAUAAUACAUCAGCGAUAUUGCAGCGCACGAGCAGCACACGGGUGCCUGGCUUCAUGGGCAACAAUCAACAAUCCCGGCCAGCCACCGCCUGCUCCGGCACCACGUCAUCGAUUGAGGCGGCCAAGCGGCGACUGCAUCUGCCGCAAGUGACGUUCAGCAAGGAGUCCAUUGUGCCCAUUACGGAUAAUCGUCGACGUUUCCUGCUGCAGCUCAUCAGUCGAGAGCAAAACUUUACGGCGGCCCUGCACUUUGGACUGCAGCGCUUUGUGCAGCCGCUGGUUGAGCGCAAGGAUUUGAUAUCACCGAACGAUCAUCGCACGCUGUUCCAGAACAUCGAUGAGCUGCUGCGCAUCGCCGAGGACAUACUGGAGCAGCUGUGCAGCAACGAUCAGGAGCAGGAGCCGCACAUGAACUUUGCCUCGCGUGUCUAUCUGUCCAAAACGACAGCGAUCUGUGCCGCCUACAAGAAAUACUGCAAUGGCAUCAAGCGGGCGGACUGUGUGCUGGUCAAUAAAUCAAGGCAAACUGGGUCGGAGUUCAUCUCGUUCAUCACGGAGCCGGCAGUGCCGCGAAAGCGUCCCGAUCUCACCAUGUUCAUCCACCGUCCGCUGCAGCAUUUUCGCGAGAUUCUCAAGCUGAUGCAGCUGCUCGCUGGCAAUUGUCAUGUGGACACCGAGGAGCAUAAGAACUUCAGCACUGUGAUCAAUGAACUGCAGGCUGCCUACCGGGAGAUAACCGUCAGCAGUGGCCUCAUGGAGCCACUGGGCGAGGGUCGUCCCCUGCUGACGCUGCAGGACCUCGAGUCACGCAUGGUGUUCACCAAGUGCAAACCCUUCACGCUCGCCGUCCAGGGUCGCCAGUGGAUCUUUGGUGGCGAUUUGUCGCGCGUCGAGGGUCGAUCAAUCAAACCGUAUUGGACGCUGCUCUUCAGCGACAUCAUUGUGUUCGCCAAGGUCAGUCGGGAUCGUGUGCUCUUCAUCACCGAGGAGCCCAUACCCAUUGCCAAUGUGGUCGAUUCGUGCUUUCACAUGCGCAAAAAAACGACGGAGUUUCGUCUGACCGUCGAUCCCAACGGACGUCUGGCCGAAAGUCCAACCGGAUACUGUGCCCCAGAUCUGACACGAACGCCCAAGCGCGGCGCCAGACGCAAGAGCCUUAUACUGCGUGCUCCCUCCCUGGAGUUGAAGGCUGUUUGGCAGAAUCUCUUGCAGCGUCAAAUAUUUCUGGUGAAUGCCGCUUUGGGAUCAACGCCGCUGUCCAGUCCCCUGGACUCGCCGGACGUGCUCAAUACGCUGGUGCCGCUGAGCGAUAUUGGGAUGACAUCCGCAUCGAUGGGCUCGAUGAAGCUUCCCUCGCUGGACAGCAUCAAUCUGAAGCAGCAGAAACAGCAGCAACGCAACGCAGGUCAGCAUGGCCAUGCUGUGGAACAGAUCGAGCUGCUGAUCGAUGAGAAGUGUCGCAUCCUCAAUAAGACCGGCACUCCCAAGUCGAGUGCCCUGCAUCUCGCUAACUGGAUGAAGGGUCAACUGGACAAACAACAGCAGCAGGCACGUCUGGUGGCCAUCGCACGAUCGCAGGAGAAUGUGAGCGCUGAGGAUGAGCAGUUGAUCUUCAACAGCGAUAGCGAGCAGGAUGAACGCAUCAUCUACUGGACGCGACAGCAGCUCGAGAAGCGCACCAAGGAGCUCAAUCUUGCCAAGGAGAAUGGCGGCCUCUCCGCCAAGCCCAAUUUCGGGGGCAAGCGACUCAGCGGUGUCGAGGAGCUCAGCAUGAGCGCCACCUCCGACAUCUACUCAGAGGCUGAGGUUGUGCCCAGCCAGAUCAGUCAGUCGCAUAGCACCACAUCGGAUAGCCAGAUCACAGUACGCUCGAGUCCCAUUGUGCUCGACAAGUUGGCCGUGUGCCGUCACUGCCACAAGAAUUGCCAGCAGAGCGCAGCGGGCGGACGUGGCUCAGGCUCGGUUGGUGGUGGAGCUGCCGCCGGUGGUGCAGCUGCUGGUGGCGGCUCCUCGCUGGUCUGCAACUCGCUGAAGGUGCAGCAUAGCCAAUCCUCACCGAAUCGCUGCUGCAAGCUCAAUGGCAAUGGCAACGCCCCAGGUGCUCCGGUUGUCGCCGGUUGUCCCCCAACAGCUGCGACAAACACCCGGACAACGAGGACGGGCACGGGUACGGGCACGGGCAGCGUGACGAGCAUGUCCAGCGGCACCACCGUCACCGGUGAGCUGUCCUCCAAGGUAGUCGCUAGCAGCAGUCGGCGCGAGACCGGCGACACGGAGAGCGAUGUGGCUCAACUGAUCACUGACGAAUUGUCGCUAUCGCAAUCAGAGGCGACCGACGACAGCGUCGGGGCCAUGCCGAACAGCAGCAGCAGCUGCAGCGUCAUCGCCGACGCCAAGCUACGAGUUCUAGAGCAACAUCAGCAGCAGCAACAGCAGUCGACACCCUUGGCCAAUGGUCACUGCUCGGGCGCCGCUUCCAUUUCCAAUUCAGCAUCCGCAUCGGGUUCAGCUUCAGCUUCAGUCUCAGCAUCCGCAUCCGCCUCGGCAUCCGCAUCCGUUUCGGGAUCACCGAAGGCGCAGCCACAGCCGCCGCCACGUCGCAACGUGACACGCAUUGUGGCGCAUGCCAGCCAGGAGCCGACGCGACCACGUGCCAAUCAACAGGUCAAGGCAAUUGUGACCAUCACGGAAACCGCACGCAUUAUGCGUAGCAGCGAUCGUCCGACAGGUGCAGGUGCAGGUGCUUCGGGGUCCGGUUCGAUGUCCGGUUCACCGGCCAAAUACGCUGCCUGCCAUUGUCGCUGUGCACCCGAGGACUUUAGCCAAACGCAGCUGGGACCGGAUAAGAUGGAGCAGCAAACCUGCAAGUUGCUCGAGUCACCGAAGCAGAAGGCGACCGCGGUGCAGCGUCAGGAGGAUGAACAGUUGUCCCUCAUGCUCAUCGGACUCGCGCAGUUUGCGCCCACUGCCAAGCUGUGUGGUCAAAGUCCGGGUCAGCAGAGCAAGGAGCAACGAUCGCCCCUGAUCACGCUAAAUGAUCAAAAGGUUGCGCUGACAACGCUCCCAACUCAAACGCCAACGCCAACGCCAACCAUUGCUGUGGUCCCUCCGACGCCGGAUGCCGUGCUGACCAAGACGAGUACGCAUGUGUGGGACAACAGCGGCGGUGCAGUGACUGCAAGCAGCAGCAGCACAGCGACUACCACCUCAACCACCUCGACGGCCACAGCGAAGCAACCGCGUCAGGCGAUCAUUGAGAAUAUACCGGAGGAUUCAUGUGACGAGUCGCCGCUGGAGGAAGAACCUCCCUACAGACCGAUGAGCAAUGCGCUGCGACGCUUUGGCACGAUGUCCAGCCUGGAGAAGCUGCCCUCCGAUGAGCUGGACGAACUGGAAGACCUCGAGUCCUAUGCACAGAAUGGCCUCAACGAGGAGGCGGAGGCGAAACGUCACGAGGAUGCCAACGAUGCGGAUGACGAUGAUGACGAUGAACUCGAUGCCGAUGCUGACGCGGAUGACGAAGAUGCCGAUGCGGAUGAUGCUGCAGCGGACAAGGCAAUGGCACAGAAUCUACACGAGCUUGCAGCCUGCUCGAGUGGCGGCAGCAUCAGUGUGACCAUCAGCAAUGGGGAAGUGCUCGCCAGCGGAGCGUGGACGAAUCGUGCCGGGGCCUUUGUCAGCGACAAGAUGAGCUUCUUCGAGGAGUCGCGUGCCUUCAUCGACAAGUACUUGGGUCGCUGGAAUGUCAACGAGCAGCCACAGCAAUCGCAGCUCCAGGGAGGCAAUCAGACAGCCUCCGAGACGGACGAACAGAUGGAUGAGUGCACAUCGGGUGCCACCUCGGGCGAGGAGGUCUGGGGCACGCCCACCAGCGGUGGGGAUAACGAUGACAUGCAGCUUAUUAACUCGGAGAACACGCACUCGUCACCCACCAAGUCGAGCACAUCGCUGAACGAUGACGAUGAUACGGAACUGAUGAUGGAUGAGCUGCUGAUGGCGCCACCGAUGACGGCGAGCACAAUACGGGGACUGCUGCCACGACGCCGUCUUGAGCCCCUGUUUGAGGAGGAGACCGAAAGCGAUGAAGAGAAAACCCAGCAGGACAGCGAUGACAUCAAAAAGGGGGAAGCAACGACAAAUGGCCACUACCUAGAGGAUUCGGCUGGAAGUUCAAGCGAAGAGGCGCCUCUCUCAGUGGGCGAUCCCCGGGACGAGGAGGAGGAGCUGGACCUGAACGAGGACGAGGAGGAGGAGGAGGAGGAGGAGGAGGAACCGGAUCACUCCAGCGAGGAUCGUCUUCAGCCGAAUCUGGCUACCACAGCAUUGGGUCCACGGCCACUGGCCAAACCUUUGACUACUACCAUGCUGUUGCCCACCACAGCCAUAACGGACUCGUCCUCGACUCCUCCCAGCCAGAGUCGCGAGCGAUCUCAAGUAGUUGUAGUGCCACCGCCAGUGGCCUCAUCCUGCGAGUAUCUACUCGAACAGCGACCAUCGAUCGCAGCAACGACAUCCUCCACAUCGUCGAUAACCAAUCACGCAACGAUGACGACGACCACGACGACGACGACGAUAAUGACGAUGACAACGACGAAGAUGAUGAUGACGACGACGACGACGACGACGAUGACGAGUACGGCGAUGCCAACUAUGCCAGCCAACAUCUGCCAGCGGGCACCAGCGACGACGGCGAGUCGAGCUCCCUCAUCGAUUACUACAACAACCAGCAGCGGGAGCGACACUAUCAGCAGCGCCGUCAAAGCCAUCGUCAAGCCACCGAGAUUUAUACCACCACCGCCGCCGCCUCGUCGUCUGCUCCUCACGCAGACAAAUCUAAGCGCUGCGGCGGGCAAAGCGCCGCCACCUCAAAGAAAAUCUGGCGCUACUGCUGACAGUGGUUGCUCGGCGGCUGUCGCCGACGCCGCCAGCGCUUCGCCCACAAUCGGUAUCGGGUCAAGGACAAUGCCUGCGAGUACCAGAACCUCUGCGGCGUCGUCGACAUCCGGCCCAAAACGGGCAUCGUCAACGAUAAUCGAGACCUGCCUGCUGGGUGCCGCAGCGCCGGGCGGCUCAGUCACUUCAUCAGCAACAGUCUCGAGGAUGGCAAAGCCGAGUCGAUCGAUCCAGAGCAGCCCAGCUGCAGUGCAGCCGCCAUUACCGGCACGGGAACGGGAACGAGUGCGGGAGGAGGACAACGGGGCGGGAGCCGGACAACGAACGGCGGCCGUUGCCCCAGUGCCGCACGUUGGUUGCGGCUUAAGUCCAAGGCUCGAAAUGCGUUUGGCACUCAACCACGACAUACUCGGGGACGAGGACUUGAUCUGCUACGAGCCUGGUCCCGAUCUAACAACUAUUCUGGGGCACGACCUCUCCACAUUUCAUCGACUGACGGGUCGCGAUUUAUUGAGUCGUUCAGCCACGAAUCGGGUGCAGCCAAAAGAGGCUGUCAUAUCGUACUCUCAACAACGCAACUCCAAGAUGGACACACCGACGGUGAAUCGGCGUCCACGUCCCGCGGUCUCCGGUGUCGUGGCGGCAUCGGGCUCGGGCUCGGCGCCGAGGAGUCGCAGCAGCAGCAGCCACGGAAGUCCACGCGCCGUUGGUUCAGCUCGUGCCGUCGGCGAUCGACAACGCCCGCAUCCAAAUCCAAAUACAUGGAGCAGUUCUGCAUCUGCGGCUCGAGCCGUCGGCGGGAGCGCAAACGUCGACGGCAACAGCACAAAUUGCAGCAGCAACAGCGGCGCGAGCAAAUUAGGCGAUCUGGAAAUCUUAGCGAGACGCGAGAAGAUAUAUUGCAUGUCUCAAUUGAGGAGUGGCUAUCAAGUCAGGGCGACAUCCGAGACAACAACGAAAUUGAGCGCGACAACAGACACAACCACAAUGACAGCAACAACAUCGACAUCGAGGUCGACAACGGCGACGACGACGACGACGAUGACAACGAGACGCGACUGUUCCUUGCCAACGAGCCGAGCAGCAGCAGCAGCCUCUCUGACGAGGACGAUGAGUACUACUUCGAUGGACGCAGUGGAAGCCACAACAACAACGACUGAACCAUGCCUCGAAACCGAAGCGGGCAAAUCAAACCGUCUCAUUAACUUUAUCAAGCGCCGCAACUCUGAGAUAACCGCCGGCGGCAGCAGCAGCAGCAAUCCCAACAACAACUCUGAUAGCACAUACAACGAGCAGCAGCAGUUGAUGUUGCAACUACAUCCGAGCCAUAGCCAGAGCAGUCAGCUUCUGAGGCAGUCACCGGAUGCCGCGGACAUGGCACAAAUGUCACCGCGCAAGGAUAACGAUAAGCCCUCGCUCAAUCGCCGGUUGUGGAAGCAAAUCACUAAACGAAGACGCACCAAUUCCGUAUCCCAAAUUGUCGCCGGCUAAGACGUCCUGCGCUCCAGCACUUUCGCUCUUGCUUCAGCACUCGCAGUAGCACAUCCUCUAUCCGCUAUAUUUGUCUACGAUAUCACUUCAAUUUUCGCAUCCCGAGAUGCACUCGAUUGUAUGUAGAUGCCUGUUGAAUGAUCACACGUGUGAUAUUUGCCAGCCUAAUGCUUUCAUUAUUGUAUUGUGGUGUGUGGCAUUUAGUUAAGCCUGAGUUUAGUUAGAUGAAAGCUCUAGGGUCGUUUACACUGGCGUUCAUGCUGUAUAAAUUUGCAUUAAUAAUAUAUUUACUGAAUUGACAAGAUAAAUGUGCCUGAUUCAUGCUGAACUGCAAAGCUGGAAAGAGCAUCAAAUAUUAUGUAGUAGUAAUCUGCGUUUAGAACUUCGAUCAAUUAAUAAUUGUAGUGACAUUUUCCAUUGUUUCCACUGCACAGCAGUGAGCAGUCUUUUCUUUUGCAAAAGGAUUUACAAUGUGUUUACACUAUGGAAAUGUUAAUGUGUUUACACUAUUGAAAUGUAAUGUGUUUACACUAUAAUACAGUACUAUGUUGCAAUGUGUUUACACUACUAAUGCUACGUGUAAACGGCCUUCAUAUUGAUUAAGUUGGUGUCUAGACAUUUAAAUUGAGCAAAGUUAUGUCAAAACUAAGGCUAUACAAUUUACAACAACAACAAAAAUGGUAACGAAAAACCAAAAGAAAACAAUGUCAAACUUA